UCGCUUUGAAGAUAUCUCAAAACGAGCGACUUCUCGUGGAACUAACAACACUUCAGAAGCAGGCUGCCAGGGUAGUCACUCACUGUCAAGAGAAGCGGAUGGGGCAGAACGAGGAAGAAACUCUUAUAUCAAAUAUGGCUCUCGAUGUGAUCGACUACAACGGAAAGGUUGGCGAGAAGUUGAAAGAGCCAAAGAUCGUCACUCCUCCCGCUCAACCGGCGCGCAAGGCACCUCUGACAAGGUCCACCACGAAAGGCUUCGUCCGAUUCCGAUGCCCACUUAAAAUCACCUCGUCGACCGUUUCAGAGACGACCAGUACAUACACGACUGAACCCAAAGACCAAGAGCCAGUCGCUAUGGAGCGAGUUCCUGAAGAGCAAACUGCAGUCGAUGUUCCCCAGCCCGCUACAGUAUCGCUUGAACCCCCGCAGUUGUCGCCCCACCUUCCUACACCUAGCAAAUCCUUGCGAUCGCCCAUUUCCACCUUCUCUCAAAUUGAAGGGAUGGAUCUGCUCGGAGUUGAUCCGCAGAACGAUGAGGAAGACAGCCAAGCUUUUGACCAAUUACUGGAAGAGGUCGCACAGCAAAUGGAACCUACCCCUGCUGCACUGAAGAAGGGGUUCCAUGUCGAAGCACGACCGAAAGAUGUCUUUAUGGAUGUUGUCGAUGAAUCUCCCGCCCGCAACCUGUCAAAGAAGCGACGGCUUGUCAAGCGCGCUGACGUGGAGCAUUCCAGCCCCGUUCAGGUCGGUGUUUGAGUGAUACGUCAUGUUUGUGAAAUGAAGUUUGAAUGCUCACA